AAUUUCUGGUUCCAAUUUGUUCCUCCCUCUUCUCUUUGCUCUCCUAUUUAAAUUCGCUCUGCAAUACUUCAUUCUAGUCCCAUACGAGCCCCAAUAUGGCCGCUGCCGCUGCUGCCACCGCUACUCUACCACUCCGAGGCCAAGUGGCCAUAGUCACGGGAUCUUCCCAUGGCAUCGGCCGGGCUAUUGCUGUCCAUCUCGCAUUGCUCGGAACAAAAGUCGUCAUCAACUACACCUCCAACUCGGCCCAGGCCGAUGCAGUAGUGGCUGAGAUAAAUUCUUCAUUUCCUAACGCUGCGGUUUCUGUCCGAGCUGAUGUUUCUGAUCCCGCGAGUGUCGAAUCCCUGUUUGAUGCGGCUGAGAGCGUGUUCGACUCGCCGGUGCACGUCCUCGUCAACUCUGCUGGGGUGAUGGAUGCUGAGCAUUUCUCCAUUGCCGACACUCCCGCGGAAGAAUUUGACAAGAUCUUCAGUGUCAACACCAGAGGCAAGUUCCUCUGUUGCCGCGAGGCGGCGAAUCGGCUGAGACGCGGCGGCGGCGGGCGCAUCAUACUGUUGUCGUCGUCCUUAGUUGCUGCCUUGAAGCCUAACUUUGGAGCUUACACGGCCUCGAAAGCCGCAGUCGAGACUAUGGCCAGAGUUCUCGCGAAGGAGCUCAAGGGGACGGGAAUAACUGUGAAUUGCGUCGCGCCAGGGCCUAUCGCGACCGAUCUGUUCUUCGCAGGGAGGAGCGAGGAGUACGUCAAGAGUGUGGUCGAGGCGUGUCCCCUCGGUCGUCUAGGGAAGACCGACGACGUCGCUCCUGUCGUCGGAUUUUUGGCUUCCGAUGGCGGCGAGUGGGUCAAUGGACAGGUGAUUCCAGUGAAUGGUGGCUUCGUUUGAGCUGUUAAUAAGUACGAACCAUUGAUCCACUAAGAAGAUCGUGAUUUGUAAUUUCUCCUUAUAUCAAGCGGAAUUAGAUCGAAAUCGAAGCAGGAAUCAUGAGUAAA